GGAAGGACGCACCUCUGGUGUCCCAGUUAUCGUGCCCACGGUAAACGCUGGGUAGCUAUGUGCGGAGCGGAUAACUGCUGAAAGCAUCUAAGUAGUAAGCCCACCUCAAGAUGAGUGCUCUCCCAUUCUGACUUCCCCAGAGCUCCGGUAGCAGCGACGGGUUCUUUGCCCCUGCGGGGAUGGAGCGACAGAAGUUUUUGUGAAGAAGGUCACGGCGAGACGAGCCGUUUAUCAUUACAAUAGGUGUCAAGUGGAAGUGCAGUGAUGUAUGCAGCUGUUCAGCAUUGGAUUUUGAUGUACCGUUCUGAUUAGGGUAAUAAUAAUUUACAUUUUACCCGAUAAAGUUCAUUGCAACAAUACGUCCAGUGAUACAUUACAUUGGUAUAACUCUUAUCCCUUUAUCACUAAUGUAUAGAUUUAACAUAAGGUAUGAAAAGUGUAACCUUGAACUGGAGAAGGUCAAUCAACCUCUAGGCCACUGCUUUUUGAUGGCACCAACUACACAUAUUGGAAAGAGCGGGUGAGAAUUUAUAUCCGCUCAACCAACUUUCAGUUGUGGUUGGUCAUAAAAAACGGAGAAGAAACGCCAAUGAAGAAGGUCGGUGAAAAACUCGUCUCAAAGACCGAGGACGAAUUUGAUGCUGAAGACAUCAAAAAGGUGGAGAACUACGCCAAGGCAAUCAACAUGCUGUACUGCGCGGUCAACCCUGAUGAUUACCGCAAGAUCUCUUGCUGCACCACUGCCAAAGAAAUGUGGGACAAGCUGGAGGUCACAUAUGAAGGUACAGACCAAGUUUGGGAAACCAAAAUUGACUUCCUAACGCAAGAGUACGAGAUGUUCAGGAUGAAGAAAGGUGAAAAGAUCGAUGAUAUGUUUGAUCGGUUCUCAAAGAUCAUCAACGACCUUCACGCUCUCAAGAAAACGUACGCCAACAAGGACCUUGUGAGAAAAAUCCUGCGGAGUCUCACACCCGAAUGGAGAUCAAAGGCUGACGCAAUUUAUGAAUCCAUCGGAGUCUCAAAUGUCACCAUCAACGGGCUAAGAGGUAACCUCAAAACUUAUGAAUCUACUAUUCUAACCCCGUCGUUGGAUGAACAAAAGAAGAAGGGAAUAGCACUGAAAGCAACCAAGGAGACCGUGGAAGAAGACUCAAGUGAUGAUGACAACGAGUUUGGACUCGUCAUCAAGAAAUUCCACAAAUUUAUGAAGAAGGAAUUCGAGCGCAAAGGAAGGAAGCACGACGGACCCCCGAAGUGCUAUGGCUGUGGUGAGAUAGGCCACAUCAAGUCGAGGUGUCCAAAAGGCAAAAGCGGCAAGGACAAACCUGGCUUCAAAAAGCAACGUGCCUAUAUCUCAUGGGGAGGUGACUCCGGCGAUGAUUCAACUGACCAAGAAGAGGAGGAAGCCGCCAACCUCUGUCUCAUGGCACACGAAGACCACGUCGACGAAAUACAAGAGGGACGGUUCAAGGUGAAGGAAUCCGGAAGUCAGGGGGAACCAGCGAUGGGUGGGUUAUACCAUCGCUGGGAGGGAAGUCUUCUCUUUUCCAGAACCCCUCUUCCCAUCGAUGGGCACUUUCUCCCAUCGAUGGAUCAAAAUCCGGCCAACCAAGCGCUGCCACGUGGCGCAACCUGGCUGGCCGCCCAACUUCAGCAGCCUGCAAGUGGGUGGCGUCUUGUUCUAGCUGUCAUCCACCAUCAUCAAUGAUCAUCAUAUAAAAAAUAAAAAUAAAAAGAGGAAAGGAUAAGUUGAUAAAAGGGAAACAAAGGGAAGGAGACGCAAGUCUCCGAAUUGAGGAUUUGCAGCAGUCAUCCGCAGUCCGCACUAACUCUGCCCGGCGGCCGCCCCAGAGCCCGCCCCGGGAAUUUUCUUGCCUAUUUAAAGCGCGGCUCGGCGGAAGUUCAAUCAUCUCCAAUCCGGGUCUGUAAGGCCCGGAACCCAAUUUUUAGCUCACUUCACAGUUUUAUUUUAAUAUUUUAGUUUGGUUUUGUUCUGGUUGUCUCAAAGUGGCUCUGACUCUACUCUCAAUUGUAAGUUUAAUUUUACAACUUUUAAUAAAAUGUUCUUUUAUUUUAUGCACUGUUGAUAUCUAGUAUGAGUUAGGACCCGGAUUAGGGUUCUGG